AGAUUGUGGUUUCUCCCGUUGCUCCACGUAGAGCUGUCAUGUUCGCUGGUUGUUCAAAGAGGGAUUAAAAUUACGCAUGUUAUGCAGAGCUCCAAACUGUCAUACACGUUGAUGCAGUCAGUCGGGAGAUGUGCAGCAGGGGGAGCUGAGUCUCGACCCGGGCAGUGAACAGUGUAAAGGUGCGCAGCAGUGACAGGGAAUCCGUCUGGAUUUAACGCACGAUAUUUUGUGAACAGCGGGGAUAUUAAAGUUGCAUUCAUGUCUUUUAUUUAUUUAGAUUAUUCCUAAUUUAUUCAUCACAAAAGGGGGUUCGUUGGGGAAACGCACCGUUGAACAAAGGAUUUAGGAGAAACGACAACUGUAACCCAAUUCUGCCAUUCCGAGUGCGUCUCCCUGCUGGCGUGUCAAAUCGGGACCGUUACCAGAAGAGAACGAGUACGGUUGAAUACAGGGUGUUCUCUAUCUGGUUCCUAACCUGGGAGUGGGUUGAAUACAGAGUUUUCUCUCUCUGGUUCCUAGCCCAGGAGAGGGUUGAAUAAUUCGGUCGGGGCCGCAGAGCUGAUCCACAGCCGUGGGAAUGUGGUUGGAGAGUGUAAACGCAAACGAAGCAGGAGGGCUUCAACCCUAAAAUGUGACUUUUUCCAAUACACCCCCGCUAUACAAGUGACACGUGCAUUCUGCAAUCGUUUCCAUCGGAUUUGUUUACGUCGCUCAAGAGAUGGCGUUCUUCCCUGUCCUCCUCCUCCUCCUCUCCGUGGUCCAGCGUGGUUCCUCCCAGGACCCUGAUGAGGACUCGUUGGCAGUGCCCCGGGGGUGUGGCUGGGGCCUGGUGCGCCCCUACACCCUCCUCUGCGACCUGGACUCUGUUUGGGGCGUGGCGGUUGAAUCUGCAGCGGCCGGCGGCGCCCUGGCUGCCAUUUUACUGGGUCUGAUCAUCCUCUGCCGACUACACCACGUGAGCGAGGCGGAGAAGCGCAGCGGCGUGGGACCCAUUCUCCUCCUGCUCCUGGGCAUCCUGGGCCUGUUCGGCCUCAGUUUUGCCUACCUCAUUGAGCGUGACGAACAGCUGUGUCUCCUGCGCCGUGCCCUCUGGGGCCUGCUCUUCGCUCUGUGCUUCUCCUGCCUGCUGGUGCAGGGUGUGCGUCUCCGGAGGCUGGGCCGCGAGCGCCGGAGCCCGGGGGGCUGCGCUCUGACCGGCCUGGCCCUGGGGCUGAGCGCCGUCCAGGGGAUCAUCGCCGCCGAGUGGCUCCUGCUCACGGUGCUCAGGGAGGGCAGAGCGGCCUGCCAGUACCUGCCUCUGGACUUCUCCUUAGCCUGUAGCUAUGUGCUUGCGCUACUGCUAGCCGCGCUGGGGGCGGCCUCCUUCGCUCUCUGUGGGAAGACCCGUCAGUGGCGCUGUAACGCGAUCUGGCUCCUCUCCGCCUGUCUGUUGUCCCUCCUCCUCUGGGUUGCCUGGGUGGGCUUCUAUCUCUACGGUAACGCCUGGCUGGGGCGGUCCCCGGACUGGGACGAUCCAGCAUUAGCGAUAGCACUGGUGGCACAGGGUUGGCUCCUCCUCCUGUUCCACGCCGUGCCCGAGGCACACUCCUGUCUCCGCUCCCCGCCACAACCCUCCGCCCCCGACUAUUUUGACACGUCCCAGGCCCCGUCCCGCAUGAGGGAGACCAGCUUUGACGAGGACAUCCCCCUCUCACACAGGCAGUUUCCGGAGAACCAGGGCUACGGCUUUGACGAAAACACUGCAGGUCUGAGGAGUGCAGGUAAUCAUAAUGGUAACACAGCGCCCAGACCCAGUGCCCCUUUCCGCAGCAACGUGUACCAGCCCACUGAGAUGACCAUGAUCCUGAAUGGGGGAGCGGUGAGUUCUCAUAUUGUCCCCUCCGCACCCCCGACCUAUACGGGGCGGCAGCUGUGGUGAAGGACAGAAAUGAAGAAGAAGAGGAAGGAAGAAUGGGGUGAUGAAGAAGGGAUGAAGGGUCCUUUGACAGAGGGAUAACCCAGAGAGGAUAACUAUAACAUGGACACCAUCAGGACCCCCCCCCUCCCCUCCCCAGUUAAACAGAUGACUUACUGAGGGCUUACACACACACCACCCACUCUGUGUUAAUCAAUUACACCAACCAACCACUGAAUGAGUGUGGCUGAGGGGGAGAGCAGGUAUGGAGGACAGAUCAAAACAUUACAGGUAGUUUUGAAGUUAAAUCACUGUAGGAGAUAUUCAACUUAAAAAUAACCCUAUUUUGGUUGCAAAUGCUGUGGAGACCAUUUUCAUCUGGGAGAUGUGAGAUUUGAAAUGUUGACAGUCAGCUUUCUUUUGUAUGAGUCAAGUUAACUCCCAUGAGACUACUAAGCCACUGUAUAACUUCUGAAAAACUGUGAAACCUCUGUCCCUUUUCAGAUAUUUGCUCUGUUUUUGUUGUUUAUUUUGGGAGAAACUCUUCUGAAGCAGAAUGUUUUACUCUGUCCUCCAUCCUCCUGUGGGUAUGGUACAGACACCUUACAGCCCUGUACCUCACCACAGCCCAUCACACAGCACACAAUAGAAUAACACACGGACAAGUAUGGCUUAAACUACAACCUCUCUAGCCAGUGUGUGCCUAUAGGUAACUGCCAAAAUAAAGGAAACACCAACAUAAAGUGUAUUAUUAGGGCGUUGAGCCACCAUGAGCCAGAACAGCUUCAAUGCACCUUGACAUAGAUUCUACAAGUGUCUGGAACUCUGUUGGAGGGAUGCGACACCAUUCUUCCAUGAGAAAUUCUAACAUUUGUUGUUUUGUUGAUGGUGGUGGAAAACGCUGUCUCAGGCACCGCUCCAGAAUCUCCCAUAAGUGUUCCAUUGGGUUUAGAUCUGGUGACUGAGACAGACAUGGCAUAUGGUUUACAUCAUUUUAAUGCUCAUCAAACCAUUCAGUGACCACUCGUGCCCUAUGGAUGGGAGAAUUGUCAUCCUAAGGGGGCAUAGUUAUGGUAGCCAAAAUAAUGGCCUGCUCAGCAUUUUUAUACAUGACUAUAAGAAUGAUGGGAUGUUAAUUGCUUAAUUAACUCAGGAACCACACCUGUGUAGAAGCACCUCCUUUCAAUAUCUCAUUUUAGGGAUGGGCAUUUGAAAUAAUUUCACUAUUCGAAUAAUAUCAUGAUUUUUGCGGGGGAUAUCUGGAUAGUCGAGUUGUUUAAACUUGGGAAUUAGAUUGCUGUGCAGUCUGUGCUACUUGCAUCCCGCUUGCUUGCAGCAGUGUGAUUGGCAGGUGCCAGUGAGUUUUACGAGAGAGAGAGCGAGAGUAGCCAUACAGGCUAGUUAAACAAAUUUGUAGAUUCCAUAGGUUAUCCAUCAUCCCAUCUGGUAGUGCCUGUCUUGUAUGCAUCAAAUCAAUCUAAAGAAGCUAGCUAUGUUAGCCAGCUAUAUUAGCCAGCUAGCUAGCUACCUAGGCUAAAAGUACUUAAGGCUAUUUUGCUGUGCUUCCUGUCCUUGUCUACAACAACUCCAUUCAGAUUAAACAACAGCUUACCUGAUGGUUGCUCGUAGUUGUAGCCUACUCCUUCUCAUUUAACUAACGGAAUUCUGUCAUAUUAAUUCCAUUCAGCAUUGAUUAGAGAUCUCUCACGUUGCUUACUACACAUGGAGCCACUGACUGUAGACGGUGCCACUUUGAUUGGCCGACAAUAACAAACACGUGAAACCCGUGUAGGCUACUAUGGUAUGUACUUUAUGUCAAUAAAACUACAUUCAAAAGAUAGUUUUAUUUAAUCAUGGCAUAUCCUUGUGUGUAGCAAUGUCAGAUAGACAAUUACAUUUAGACAAAGCCUUUUCAUUGUUAAAAUAGACUAAAAAUGAAUACUCUCACAAGUAGUUAAAUACUAACAUCCAUUCGGAUAUUUGAAUAUCCGAAUAACCGUGCCCAUCCCUACUUCAUUUACUCAAGUGUUUCCAUUAUUUUGUCAGUUACCUGUGUAUAUAUGUGUGUGUGUACCUCAUCUAUAUUGGCUCUACUCCAAGACUCUGGACCCCAAAAAACAAAAUACUCCUUGUCUAAACACUGUGUUCUGCUUCUACUGAGUAACAUGGACUCACCAAUACUGAGUAACAUGGACUCACCUCUACUGAGUAACAUGGACUCACCUCUACUGAGUAACCUGGACUCACCUCUACUGAGUAACAUGGACUCACCUCUACUGAGUAACAUGGACUCACCUCUACUGAGUAACAUGGACUCACCUCUACUGUGUAACAUGGACUCACCUCUACUGAGUAACCUGGACUCACCUCUACUGAGUAACAUGGACUCACCUCUACUGAGUAACAUGGACUCACCUCUACUGAGUAACCUGGACUCACCUCUACUGAGUAACAUGGACUCACCUCUACUGAGUAACCUAGACUCACUUCUACUCAUCUUGUCUUUCCACUUGUCUAACCCCAAACUGUGAACCCAUCCAGGCUGCGGUCCAACUAUCCAUAACGACAAUAUGACCGCAAACAACUAUACACCUAUCCAGCUCACCUAGCACCUGGCGGACAGAGCUAAGCUUCUACUGGACGAACAGUAGGAACUGGGAGAAUCCGGGGAUCCUGAUUGGAUGGACAGGAUGUCAGUCAGUGAGGAGGGGUCUUGAUUGGACAGACAGGGUGUCAGACAGGGACUGUGUAUGUAGGUCAGACAGGCUGUGUUUUCCCACAACGUUCUCCUGUGACCACAGAGACUUUCUGAACCAGCAGGACUGAAACAACUGUCCCUUUAUAUCAGAGAGAAAUGGGUCGGCGGGGAGGAGAUGGACUUCCCUUUUACUGUUUUUUUUUUUUUCAAAAGGUGUGUGUGUGUGUGUGUGCAUAGAGAUAAAAAACAUGUUCUAUCUGUUUGUGUGUGUGCACACGCUUGUGCGUGUGUGUGUGUUAUUGAUUUUAUCAGUGUUGGGAGGAUAUACAACAACUGUGCAAUACACAGCUCCAGUCCUGUUCCAGUCCUGGCUGUGCCUCUCCCAUUUCCUCCAGACUGGUUUCCAGUGAGCCUGAGAAAUGGAUCCAGAGUUCCAGACGUCUUGGUCAGCUCCAGAUACAUAACCCCAUACUGUCAGCCUAUAUAUAGACAAGCCCUGACUGGGGUCUGGAACUGCCUGACCUGGCCCCUGUGAAUGAUCAGAUAUAGUAUACUGUGAGAUCAGCUAUAAGCCUGUGGGGAGGACUGGAGAAGUAAAGGGGGAUGGGUAGCUAGAGAAAGGAAGGGAGGAGCCAGUCCUGAGGGGUUACAAUAGUCUAUGUGACGGCUACAUCGCUUUGACUUCCCCCCAAUCAGCCAAUGUAUCUGUGUGACAAAAUGGCUCUUUCCCCAGUGUGUGUGUGUGUGUGUGUGUGUGUGUGUGUGUGUGUGUGUGUGUGUGUGUGUGUGUGUGUGUGAGAGUGUGUGUGUGUGUGUGUGUGUGUGUGUGUGUGUGUGUGUGUGUGUGUGUGUGUGUGUGUGUGUGUGUGUGUGUGUGUGUGUGUGUGUGUGUGUGUGUGUGUCUGUCUGUCGGGAAGGCAGCACUGCUCUGUGCUGUCCUCCUUAUCUGAGAAGCCUCUCUCCCUCCUCUCCUCUCAUUCGUCUGUGCUGGUAACUACCGUUUUCUGUGCCAAGAAAGACUCUUGUGUUACAGCAAGGUCUCUGUUUUCAGUCUCCCUUUCCCUUACAUACUUACUCCCCUUAACGAGAGAGAGACAUGCUGUGUACUGUAUAUAGUAGUGCUGUAUAGCUUGUUUUGGUUAGAUUUCUUUUUGACUGUAGAGGAUGAUUUUUUUUUAAGACACCAGCCUAAUAUAUUAUUAUAUAAACCACUGGACAUCUGACUAGUGUAAUAAUAUAUAUAUAUUUUUUUUGAUUUGUGACUGGAUUGAUUUUAUUGUUAUUAUUUCAUUUUUUAUUUUGCUCUUGCUGGUGUCUUUCUUUGUUCUUUUUAACUAGUAUUUUAAAACAUAUUUCAAGAUGCUAGCCAUGUUUUUAAUUUCAUUUGAUUAGAUUAUUAACGUUGAAAAACACAACGGUCUGUCUGUGAGGGAUCUAGCUAACUUUGGGUGUGGUUUUUCCUACUUGUGACAACCUUGGAAAUCUCCUAUACAGUAUCCUCUGUCAAAACAUGUUUCACUGUCUGCUGUAAGUUUUAUUAUAUGGGGAAACGUAAUACAUUUUUCAGAGAUAUGACAUUCGUUGCAUAAUGCUAAUCAAAAAUACUUGUUGUUUUGCACUUCAUAGAUAAUGACUACUGUGUCUGUGAUAUAAUAGAGUGAUGCAGAGAGUAGAGCAGCGAUGGUAGAAUGACCUCUGAUCUAUGACCUAUGACCCCUGCCAAUGGCCAGAGAUGGUAUGACCCCAAGGGUCUUUUGGUGUAAUCCUGGGUCAUUGGGUUACAGGAUGUCUCUUCACUGGGGGUGGGUAGCAGUGGAUGCUGGUGGGAGGAGCUAUAGGAGGACAGGCUCAUUGUAAUGUCUGGAAUGGAAUUCAUGGAACGGAGUCAAACGUGGUUUCCAUAUGUUUGACGUGUUUGAUACCAUUCCAUGUAUUGCAUUCCAGCCAUUACAAUGAGCCUGUCCUCCUAUAGCUCCUCCCACCAGCCUCCACUGGUGGGUAAGUAGGCAGGCACUACAUGUAGGCCUAACCAUAGAAAUAUAAUUACUAGAUUGGUUAUUCUGUAUAUGGCCCUAACCCAUAGUGCUGCAUGCCAAGGCAGGCUUUGUUCGGGCCUCUCCGGGCCAGACCCAGACCCGUUCUGACUGCACUGUGCCAGGCUCCAGUGGGACAGGCUACAGGCCUCAGAGUGCUGGCAUAGGAUCAGUUCUGCCUUUUAGAUAAUACUGAAUAAGAUUAUAUGAACAGGAGAGACCCGAUCCUAGAUCAGCACUCCUACCCUAAGACGCUUUGUGAAUACGGGUCCUGUCCUCAGGGCUGUGGGUGGACAACAAGCAAGGAACAACUGUGGAGAUUCACCCUCCCAGAACCGAAGAGGGGCGGGUUUCAAUUCUUCAAUCUUGUGAUGUUUUCACUCAAUGUGGAGUACAAAAAAAAAGUAAAAAGCUGUUACUUAGUAGAUUUUUGCACUCGUCGAUGACUACCUAUCUGUGCAUGCUCGUCACCAUUUAUAUACAUGUCCAUUUAUAUACAUGUAAGUACCUUUCUCUCAGACGUAGUGUUAAAUACUAAUUAUAUUUAUGUGAAGGUCAUGUGACAAAAAUCAUAUUUUUUAGCGUAUAUCAGAUGACAGUUUUAUGUCUGUGCUUUCUUGAACACGAGAGAGAGAUAAAGACGGUUGUAAAAGAGAGACGGUAGAGAACUGUAGGGGAUGUCAGGGGAUAGGGUCCAACACAGGCCAAAGGGCCCACAAAUAACCUGUUGGAGUUGCUUGUGACAUCAUCAGAUUACCCAAAUACUGCACCCCCUGCCAGUUUGUAAGGAAAUCUAUAUGAAAUGCCUAAAGAUCUAGAUCUUCACGUCUGUGUUUAUAAAGAUGCUAUGAACAAAUUAGGGUGAGAUUUUACACAUACUACUGUUCCGUCAAGUUCGUUUUCCCCCCCUGGGCAGCCCCAUUUGUAAACACCCCUCCUGUCUGGGUUUGACAUGUCCUUGACUUGUCCACUCCUGAAUUGGCUUGCCUUCACACUGUUCCAUUCAGGGCAUCCGACGGAGGUGGUAUUGGUUUCCACAGCUGUGACUGUGCAGUGACGCAGCAUGCCUAUGUAUAGAACUAUGUUUCCCCUGAUUAGAAGAACAAACAGUUAACUCUCAGUUUCUGUAACCGAUUCAGGCAAACGUUCAAUAAAGUGUCAUGUUUGUAGUUAA